GGAUGUGGGCUUGGCGCGUGAUAGGAAUUUAAGUCCUCGGGGUUCGCGAUUGAUGCGCCAUCUCCAAGGAAACGCGUUUUGGGAAGGAAGGAAGGAAAGGUUGGAGUUGGCUCUGGAGUGUGGACUGGCGGCAAAAGGGAGAUGCCUUGAAGGAGAACUACUAAAUGCAGCACAUAUGAGACUACACCAGCAGGUGCAGCAACAUUUUCCAAGGAUUUGCGUAGCAUUCACCCUGCCUGUUCAGAGAGCACUGGAAAAAAAUGAAGACUGGAAUUAUCUGAUAAGAUUCUCAACAUCACACCUUGCUAGAGAUCUGUAUCACCUCCACCUCCUAGCAGGGUUGAGGGAAAAGGAAAUAUUUAACUCUGGUGUUCCCAGAAUGGACUGCUCUAGUUCUUACUCAGGGGAAGAUGGUGGGCAGACCACAUCUCAAAGCCACAGUGGUGAAGAUGAGCGACAGUGGCAACAGGAACGCCUUAAUAGAGAGGAAGCCUAUUACCAGUUUAUUAAUGAGCUCAGUGAUGAAGACUACAGGUUAAUGAGAGAUCACAACCUUCUGGGGACUCCAGGAGAAAUAACAGCAAAUGAGCUGCAGCAACGUUUGCUAGGUGCAAAGGAGCAUUUGGCAUCACAUUCUGACAGAGAAAAUAGAGACUGGGAAGGAGGUACUGUCGGAGAUGCAGAAACUGUUGGGGGAAAUUCAACAAACAGCUCGCUGCUAGAGUGGCUGAGCACAUUCCACCGUACAGGAAAUUCCAGCCAUAGUGGACAGAGUGGGAACCAGACUUGGAGGGCUGUAAGCCGAGCAAACCCGAGUAGCGGGGAAUUUCGGUUUAGUCUCGAAAUAAAUAUAAAUCACGAACAUAACAGUGUUGACGCUCCUGGGGAAGAAUUGAACGGCUACCUUCUUGGUGAUCCCAAUGGAAGGCAGGUAGAGAACAGGUCUCUGAUAGAAGAGAGUCCCAUAGCCAGCCGAACAAGGAGCAGGACAUUGAGAGAGACUGUUGGUCGUGCAGUUGCCUCAUCAAGGGCUGGCAAUAUUAGUGGCUCAGUGACACAAAAUGCUGAAGUAGCAACUCAGUUAUUCCCUGGCAGACUCAGAAACAGAAGCUCAGCAGACCUUGGAGCACACAACAACGUCUUAGAUGACAAUGAACACAACAUUAUUAGGCAAAGGAGAAUUCACAGAGUCUCGUCAGUGACUGUUCACAGAAGGAGAGCUAGAACUCGGAGGAAUGCAAGGCAAAGGCCAGAAGUUUUAAGACUAAGAUCAACAUUCAGUAGUCAGUUUCAGUCCCAUUUGGAAAGAAGGCAACGUAUGAAUGCACAGCAAAUCCAUAGAAGGUCUGUCCAGGCGCAAACAGCCCAGCCGCCUCCUGAGCAAGGUGAGGACCAAGUGCCAACACUGGGCAUAACAUUGGAAGAGGAGGAAUCUACCAGACCCACAACUGCACCUAGAAGACAUCCUAUUAUUACAUUAGACCUUCAGGUGAGAAGAAUUCGUACUGGAGAAAAUAGAGAUCAAGACAGCAUUGCUACUAGAACUCGUUCGAGAGCAGGCACGGCAGACAACGCAGUCAGUUUCGAAAGCGAUAGGGAGGGUUUCCGUCAGACCGUUUCACGAUCUGAACAUGCGGGCAUACGGACGUAUGUUAGCACCAUACGGAUACCCCUGCGUAGGAUAUCUGAAAUUGGGCUCGGGGAAUCUUCAUCGGCGGCUCUUAGAUCAAUUCUACGGCAAAUUAUGACUGGAUUUGGAGAGCUAAGCUCCUUAAUGGGCACCGAGUCAGAUUCCGAAGCUCAGAGGAGUGGUCAGCACUCGGCAGACACGCAGUCAGAACUGUUUAACGUGCACACACUAAGCAGCAUUGGUGAGUCCGGUGAAGCUUCUCUUCGAAGCAGGCCUGCUGAACAAGGUAGCAGAGAAUGGCAUGGAGAAACCAAUGCGACCCAACACUACAAUCAAAGUAAUGAAGCUCAAGGUAACAGACAGUUUCAAGAUGCAAACAGUUUUGUUGAAAGUGGAACGCUUCCCAUCCUUCGUCUUGUACCUUACCUUUUAUUAGAUGAAAGUACUAGUGACCAUUUGAGGGGGUUAACCAAAGAACAAAUUGACAAUCUUUCUACUCGCAAUUAUGGGCUUCCUGGUGCAGAAGAGGGUGAAGUAAGCAAGACCUGUAGUGUUUGCAUUAAUGAAUAUGUUUCAGGAAAUAAGCUAAGGCAGUUGCCCUGUAUGCAUGAGUUCCAUUUUCACUGUAUUGAUCGCUGGCUUUCUGAGAAUUCCACUUGCCCAAUUUGUCGACAACCUGUAGUAGCUUAACAUUGCAGGCAGUGGAUAAUUCCUCAAAUUUUUGAAUUUGUGUACUCCAUUGGGAGCCUGGUGGUAUUUUACUAACUUUGAAUAUGAGGAGUGAGUGUGUAAAACAAGUUUAAAACUGGAGGUGACCUCGCUACAUGUGGCAGUGAACUUCUUUUCUUAAAAGGCAAGUGUAAGGGUGAAGAUCAGUCAAAUAGGCCUCAUGCAAUUAUAUUUUUCUAAAAUAUUCCCUCAUAUAAAGCACUUCUGUAAUAUAGAAACGUAAUUGUUUGUGUUAACAGUAUGAUCUUUAUUGAGAUUUCAGUUUUUGUGAAGUUGUUGAAAUAAUCUUUUGU